CGGCCGUGAUCUUCCACGUCACUAGGAAGUGGAGCAGCUCGCUAACGGGGCUCGCAGGGAUUUGCUUUCCACAUUUAAAUACCCCAACCUGGAUACCAAAAGCCACUUUGGACGACAUAUAGGCGUACGAUAAGAUAUUAUCCAGACAAGGAUAUUGAUUGGGACUCUUCUUGACUGAAACAAGCCCAGCAGCAAAAUGACAGCUGCAGAAAACGUUUGUUACACUCUCAUAAAUGUUGCAUCUGACUCGGAGCCUCCGUCUGAAGUCAGCCUAAAAGCUGAUCUAGAAAAGGGAGAGAUCAAAGCAAAAACGGAGGCCCUGAAGAAGGUCAUUAUCAUGAUCCUGAAUGGCGAGAAGUUGCCAGGACUGCUGAUGACUAUAAUUCGCUUCGUGCUGCCUCUUCAAGAUCACACAAUCAAGAAGUUGCUGCUGGUUUUCUGGGAGAUUGUCCCCAAAACUACUCCUGAUGGCAAGCUGCUUCAGGAGAUGAUUCUGGUCUGUGAUGCCUACAGAAAGGACCUGCAGCAUCCCAACGAGUUCAUCCGUGGCUCCACUCUGCGUUUCCUGUGCAAGCUGAAGGAGUCUGAACUGCUCGAGCCUCUCAUGCCAGCCAUCCGGGCCUGCCUGGAGCACCGUCACAGUUACGUGCGCCGCAACGCUGUCCUGGCCAUUUACACCAUCUACAGGAACUUUGACCAUCUCAUCCCAGAUGCGCCGGAGUUGAUCCAUGAUUUUCUCGUUAAUGAGAAAGAUGCCAGCUGUAAGAGGAAUGCUUUCAUGAUGCUGAUUCAUGCAGAUCAGGAUCGAGCUUUGGAUUACCUCAGCACCUGUAUUGAUCAAGUGCACACUUUUGGUGACAUCCUGCAGUUGGUCAUUGUGGAGCUGAUUUACAAGGUUUGCCAUGCCAACCCUUCUGAGCGCGCCCGUUUCAUCCGUUGCAUCUACAACCUGCUGCAGUCGUCAAGCCCGGCCGUUAAGUAUGAGGCUGCUGGCACCCUUGUUACCCUCUCCAGUGCCCCCACGGCUGUUAAGGCUGCUGCCCAGUGCUACAUUGAUUUGAUCAUUAAGGAGAGUGACAACAACGUUAAGCUGAUCGUUCUCGAUCGUCUGAUUGAACUGAAGGAGCAUCCCACUCACGAGCGUGUACUACAGGACCUUGUGAUGGACAUCCUGCGUGUCCUCAGCACUCCUGACCUGGAAGUUAGAAAGAAGACCUUGCAGUUGGCAUUGGACCUCGUCUCGUCACGCAAUGUGGAGGAGUUGGUGAUUGUUUUGAAGAAAGAAGUGAUCAAGACAAACAAUGUGACUGAACACGAAGACACUGAUAAGUACCGUCAGCUCUUGGUGCGCACGCUCCACUCGUGCAGCGUGCGCUUUCCUGACAUGGCAGCCAACGUCAUACCUGUGCUGAUGGAGUUCCUGAGCGACACGAACGAGGCAGCUGCUGCCGAUGUGCUGGAGUUUGUGCGCGAAGCCAUACAGAGAUUUGACAACUUGAGACCACUGAUCAUCGAAAAGAUGCUGGAAGUGUUUCAUGCCAUCAAAACUGUCAAGAUUUACAGAGGAGCUCUUUGGAUCCUAGGGGAAUACUGCAGCACCAAGGAAGACAUCCAGAGUGUGAUGACAGAAGUACGUCGGUCUCUGGGAGAGAUCCCCAUUGUUGAGAAUGAGAUAAAGAAAGAAACGGGUGAAGUUAAACCAGAGGAUGAAGUUAGUGCUGCUCCAGCUCAGAAGCUAGUGACAGAGAUGGGCACCUAUGUAACACAGAGUGCCUUGAGCUCCUCGAGACCCUCAAAGAAAGAAGAAGACAGACCUCCACUCAGAGGCUUCCUGAUGGAUGGGGACUUCUAUGUGGCAGCUUCCUUGGCCACCACGCUGACCAAAGUGGCCUUGCGCUACGUUUCAAUUGUUCAAGAAAAAAAGAGACAAAAUUCAUUUGUUGCAGAGGCCAUGCUGAUAAUGGUCACUGUGCUGCACCUGGGCAAGUCCUCCCUCCCUAAGAAGCCAAUUACAGAUGAUGAUGUGGACCGCAUCUCGUUGUGCCUGAAGGUCCUGUCAGAGUGUUCACCACUUAUGAAUGACAUUUUCAACAAGGAGUGCCGCAAAUCCCUGUCACAUAUGCUCACCGUCAGACUGGAGGAAGAGAAGCUGUCACAGAAGAAAGAAUCUGAGAAACGGAAUGUUACGGUCCAGGCAGACGAUCCAAUCUCCUUCAUGCAGCUCACAGCCAAAAAUGAGAUGACCUCUAAAGAGGAUCAGUUUCAGCUCAGCCUGUUGGCUGCCAUGGGAAACACUCAGAGGAAGGAGGCUCUGGAUCCUCUUGCAUCAAAACUCAACAAGGUGACCCAACUCACAGGCUUCUCAGACCCAGUGUAUGCUGAAGCUUAUGUUCAUGUCAACCAGUAUGACAUUGUUCUGGAUGUGCUGGUAGUCAACCAGACCAGUGACACUCUUCAGAACUGCACCCUUGAGCUGGCCACUUUAGGGGAUCUCAAGUUGGUUGAAAAACCUUCCCCUCUAACUCUCGCCCCUCAUGAUUUUGCCAACAUUAAGGCAAAUGUCAAGGUUGCCUCUACUGAGAAUGGCAUUAUAUUUGGCAACAUUGUCUAUGACGUAUCGGGAGCUGCCAGUGACAGAAACUGUGUUGUCCUUAGUGACAUCCAUAUUGACAUCAUGGACUACAUUCAGCCAGCUUCCUGCACUGAUGCAGAAUUCAGACAGAUGUGGGCAGAAUUUGAGUGGGAAAACAAGGUGACAGUGAACACCAACAUCACUGAUCUGAACGAGUAUCUCCAGCACAUCCUCAGGUCCACCAACAUGAAGUGUCUGACUCCUGAAAAGGCACUCUCUGGCUUCUGCGGCUUUAUGGCUGCCAACCUUUAUGCUCGAUCUAUCUUUGGAGAAGAUGCUCUGGCUAAUGUCAGCAUCGAGAAGCCCAUCCACCUGGGGCCUGACGCACCUGUCAACGGACACAUACGCAUCAGGGCCAAAAGUCAGGGAAUGGCCCUGAGCCUCGGUGACAAGAUCAACCUCUCCCAAAAAAAGGCAAACAUCUGAGACCGCUUUAUUGUCUUGCUUCACCCAUCGUACAGCCUUUUACAUCACUGCGUAUUAAGAAGUCAUUAUGUUCAGCUGCUUCUCUUCCCUCUGUUUUUUGUUUUAUUUUUUUCUCAUAUUUUUUAAAGAAUCUGUUUUCAGAAAGUUGCAUCUCAUCAAUGUCCUCUUCUGUGCUGUUUAAUUUUCAAUAAACAUACUGUAUAUUACAA